AUGGAAGGCUUGGACAAUCAAGGUGCCCCUACUCACUACAUAAAGGUACCUCUAGAGCUGUACAGUAACUUCGCGACCAGAAUUUCACCAUUCUACAAGAUCAUCAGCAUUGACGUGAAGAGGGAGGUCCGACAGGGUGAUACAAUUUCACCCAAAAUAUUCACAGCCACCCUCGAGAACGCAAUGCGAAAGUUGGAAUGGGACGACAUGGGAGUGAAGGUUGAUGGUCGGCAGCUACACCAUUUGCGCUUUGCUGAUGACAUCGUACUGAUAACAUCUAGCAUCAGCCAAGGAGAACGAAUGCUGACCGAAUUCGACGAAACAUGUGGAUGCAUCUGUCUUCAGCUGAAUCUGCAAAAGACGAUGUUCAUGCGUAACGGAUGGGUCUCAGAUGCCCCAUUCACGCUCAAUGGAACGAACAUAUCCGAAUGCACCAGCUACGUUUAUGUGGGUCGGGAACUGAACAUGAAGAACGACCUGUCCCCGAGCUGGGCAGGAAGAGACGAGCGGCAUGGGGAGAGUAUAAGAGCAAGGAUGUAG